UUUGGCUUCAGUCAUGCAAACUGCGCGUGCGCAGCUCCUGAUUGGGUUUAACGCUCGGGAGACGGACGUACUUUGACGCAGCGCUCUUUCCUCCAGGUGGUUGCCAGCGAGAGCCCUUGCGCAGGCGCAGUGUCAAGGGACACCACCUCCCCCGCCGAAUUUCGCGUCUGCGCAGUUGGUGUUAUUGUGAUUGUCAAGCCGCGCGGCCCCGGAUGUGGUGGCUGCCGGGGGCAGAUGGCGGAGGCAGAGGGGGUGGCCACGGUCCCAGGCCCAGCUUCGAGGCCGACUUUCCGGGGCCGCGGCGCUAUGUCAGGCUCCUUGGAGAGGGACCAGCAGGUUGAGGCGGCGCAGCGGGCCCUGGUGGAGGUGCUGGGGCCUUACGAGCCUCUGCUGAGCCGGGUGCAGGCGGCACUUGUUUGGGAGCGGCCAGCCAGAAGCGCCCUGUGGUGCCUGGGGCUGAACGCGGCUUUCUGGUUCUUUGCACUGACAUCCCUUCGUCUUGUAUUUUUACUUGCAUUCAGCUCAAUGAUCAUAGUGUGUAUAGAUCAAUGGAAGAACAAAAUCUGGCCUGAAAUAAAAGUGUCAAGACCCGACGCAUUAGACAAUGAGAGCUGGGGCUUUGUGCACCCUCGGUUACUCAGCGUGCCCGAGCUCUGUCACCAUGUAGCUGAAGUCUGGGUUAGUGGGACCAUUUUCAUAAGGAAUCUUUUGCUUUUCAAAAAGCAAAACCCAGGCAAGUUCUGCUUGCUGAGCUGUGGGAUACUGACCUUUUUGGCUGUCUUGGGCCGCUACAUCCCUGGGCUCCUGCUGUCCUAUUUAAUGCUUGUCACUGUCAUGAUGUGGCCCCUUGCUGUGUACCACCGACUGUGGGAUCGAGCUUAUGUACGGCUGAAGCCAGCUCUGCAGCGGCUGGACUUCAGUGUCCGCGGCUAUAUGAUGUCCAAGCAGAGAGAGAGACAACUGCGCCGCAGAGCUCUACACCCGGAACGUGCCAUGGACAACCAGAGUGACAGUGAAGAAGAGCUUGCUGCCUUCUGUCCUCAGCUGGAUGAUUCUACUGUUGCCAGGGAAUUGGCCAUCACAGACUCUGAGCACUCGGAUGCUGAGGUCUCCUAUACAGACAAUGGCACAUUCAAUCUUUCACGGGGCCAGACACCUCUAACAGAAGGCUCUGAAGACCUAGAUGGGCACAGUGAUCCAGAGGAAUCCUUUGCCAGAGACCUUCCAGACUUCCCUUCCAUUAAUGUGGAUCCUGCUGGCCUGGACGAUGAGGACGAUACCAGCAUUGGAAUGCCCAGCUUGAUGUACCAUUCCCCACCAGAGGCUGACGAGCCCCAGGGCUCCUCAGCCAGCCGUGACGAGAGUACACUGCCGGAGCUCCUGCUUGGUGCCCUGCCUGCAGGAUCCAACCUCACCAGCAACUUUGCCAGCCUGGUCUCCCAGGGCAUGAUCCAGCUGGCCCUGUCAGGGGCCUCCCAGCCUGGCCCUUCUGGCCAACCUCCCCGGAGAGCAACCAGAGGCUUCCUCCGGGCCCCCAGCUCAGACCUGGACACUGAUGCUGAGGGGGAUGACUUUGAACUUCUGGACCAGUCAGAGCUGAGUCAGCUGGACCCUGCCAGUUCCAGGAGCCACUGAAGCAGAGACUCCUUUUGGGGGGGUCACUGUGGCUUAGGGUUUUUUUCUCAUCCCACUAAAGGUGAAGGGGCAAGGGAAGAACCCAGGUCCCAUCCCCUGACUUACACUUGUAUGCCUGGUGGCCUGGCUGAUGCUCAGAGGCCCGUUGAGAGAAGAUACUCACUUCCCUGAUACCAGCUGGACACCCAUUUCUGAGCUCAGUCACUGAAGUGAGAGUGUGCUUCCUUAGGGAGGCUUCUCCCCAUCAGGAUGAUACUUCUGGGGAACAAAGUAGUCAGGGGUAUUGGUUCCCCUUUGAGGGGGUGCUGUUGUUUGCUUCUAGGUAUGGGUGCUCAGGAGCCCUCAUUGAUAGAAGAGCCCUUCCUCCUCCAUCAUCUCCCUAGAGGCCCAAGUCAGGCAGCAGCUGGAAGAAUUACACUGUCAUUCUCCUCUUGGGCUAAGCCAUGAUUUGUCUGUUUCUAAGCAAGCUUCUCCUUUGGUUCUGCAGAGCAGGCCUGUUCCCUCUGCCACAGCCCAUCCUCAUUUCUUGAGGCCUAACCCCCAGUUUGCUCCAAAACUGCUUGUGAAAUUUAAGAAAUGUGAACAUGAUGUGGAGGUGGGCCUCUUCUACAUUACCUUGGGCCGUGGGGUCAGCUGGCUGGAAGGGUGAGUGCCUCUCUAUGGUCUCACUGAAUCUUUUGGAGCUGCCUGGUAGUCUUUGGUGCUGCUAACCCCUGGCUCUAUUUGACCAUUGGCCUGAGCAACUAGCAAAGCAAUACCAGACCACACCCAUUCCCAUGUUCCUGUUCCUUCCCUUGCUCCUCCUUUGGAGAAGCAGUAUUCCAUGGGGGAGGCCAGAGUAGCACUUUACAAAUGGCUCAGUGGCAUUCAUCCCAGAAGCCACCAGCUCUUCCUUCACCAGCUAUUCUUACUCUGUUCGGCUCCUUUAAAACUUUUUAUAUUGAACUGCUUCCCAACCUGGUGGACCUCUUUUAAGGAUGAGCCCAAUUAGCAAGAAUGUGUCUGUAAUGAGCAGCGACCCCUCUAAGGGGUAUCUGUUAAGACUGUCCCUAGUAAAAUCAUGUGAAACAAAAA